AAAUUUUUGGAGCUGGCAACAUGUCACUCCAUCUUGUAUCUCUCUCCCCUUGAUGGCAUCUCACUUUCGCUUACCUUACGGUUAUAAAGGAGCGCCUCAUUGGCCCGCGCUCUACUGGCCUUUCGGUCCCGACUUUGACCCACUCAACCUCAUUGCCGACAUUCCUCAUUCUUUAUAUUACAUUUCUGACAUUUGGCGGUUUACCAUGAUAUGGUCGGUUAUCUUUUCGCUCGUCGUCUAUCUUCCAGCAGGAAUCUGGGCUUUUAUAACACUGGCGAAAUCUCGUACGCUGCAAUGGUACAUACUAAUGCUGGUGCCUUUUAUAUUUGUAUUUGCUGGUUCAUUAGCGUCUUUCGUUAUCGGCAGUAUUAUGGGUGUGGCACUGGCUCUCGUCUACAAUGCCGGCUUUUUCGUCAUGUCAACGUGGAUUCCAUUUCUUUGGGCUCUGAUUCAUAUCCUGGUCGUCAUGGUGGGAAGUUACUCUACCAUCACCACCGUGCUGUAGAAAGUUGAUCUUUUGGUUGUACAUACAUAUUUUCCUGAUUUCCGUUGAUCCAUUACCAUAUUCCCUUUUUCUUCCCCUCCAACCUCAUCCUAGGAGCCGGUCUCAUUCUGUAUCUCUGCAUCUUUCUUUGUAAAUAUUGAUUUCUUUUGUGUACAUAUUCCACCGUUUUACGUAUCGCCUCCAAAAUAGUAAUAACAAAAAACAAUCGUCUAAUCUUGCUCACUGAAAGAUCCUAUGAUCCGAAUCGUCUGUGUAACCCUUUUUUGUCGUGCUCUGUCCUUCACGAAUGGGUAGCGCAGU